UUAACUAUCUUCCUCAACACACAGAAAAAACAGAGCAAAUUCAGAAACCCCAAAAUGCAGCAAAACAACAAUCCAAUCCCAAUCUCACUACACAACGCACACGUCAAGCUUCUCGCUUUCGAUUUCCUAACCCUAACACCACCAUCUUCCCCAGACUACCCCUUCACCCGCAAAUUAAUCCCAAUCACCCGCGCAGAAACCCUAGGAACAAUCGUCCUCCGCGAUCACAAACCCGCUAAAUUCCUCCGUUUCGCAAUCGACGACGGAACCGGCUGCAUCCCUUGUAUCCUCUGGCUGAAUCACAUGACUUCUCCUCAUCUAGCUCGACGUCGUAGUCCACAGGAUCUUUGUCUUCUUGCUGAUGCUGCUGCGAGAUCUGCGGAAAUGGUGAAGGUUGGUGUUGUUGCUAGGGUUAGAGGGAAGGUUACUGGGUUUAAAGGUGGUGUGCAGAUUACUGUUACUGAUGUUUUUGUUGAAAGGGAUCCUAAUGCUGAGAUUUUGCAUUGGAUUGAGUGUGUUAAUUUGGCUAAGAAUUGUUAUAAUCUUGUUAAUGUUCCUUCUUCUUCUGGUUCUGUAACGCUUAAAUAGAAUUAGAAACUUUGUUAUGCUUUUUGAUUUUGUUAAUAAGAGUAGUUUAGUUACUAAACGAUGUUUUAUUAUUGAUGUUUAGCAAUUAGAAGAAGAAAUGUUGAUUAUUGAGAGAGAAAACGAAAAUGUAUGUGAUGCUAUGAAGGACGGACACCGGAUACGACACACAAUUGAAUGUAAUUAUAAGUGUCAGUGUCCUGUCCGAU